AUGACGCUGCAGAAGCGCGUCAAGAGCAUGAUAGAGAAGAACACCAGCCUUGCCAACGUGAUCCAGGCAUCGGAGAAGAAGGGCAAGGAGGCCAGAAGUGGCCUACGCCGUAAAGCCAAGGACGUUGAAGUUUCCGAACUCCAGCGGAAACUGAAGCUGGCUGAUGAUGAGAUCGACCGUAUUAAUAAGUGGUUCGAUGAGGCCCAAGGCAGCGCGGCCGAGGUCGAAACCCUUAAAAGUGCCCUUGCCGAAGCCAAGAAGGAGGCUGAGGCAGGCAAAGUGGCCGCUGACAAAGCAGCUGCGGAUUUAGAGGCCGAGCAGCUUACCCAUCGCAAGUAUGAGGAGCGGGUGACCGAAGUGGAACAGGUGCUUCAAGACGCCGCCAAUAAGUGUGAGGCUCUAGAGGAGAGUAAUAAAGCCCAAGCGGCCAAACUCAACAAGGCUCUUCAAGAGGCAAAGGAUGUGCGGGGCGAGUCCAGAGUGGUUUGCGAGGAGAUCAAGCCAGACAGAUAG